AAGGAACACUACCCGCCAACAAGAGGAGUUGCAUUAGCAGUUGAAUAUACCACGAUCGUUUCUGCUGACUUGGAUUCGGCUGCACGCACAACGGAAACGAGUUGAUUUCGCAUCAUGGACUGCUCAUCAGCGCUCUACACUAGCGCUUCUAGCGGAGCCCAACAUCCACCUUGUCGAGCAAGCUAAUGCAGCUCAUGAUUGCAUCCGCUCGUCCACAGGACCAGCAACUCCUUCAGGUGAGUCGACGUGGCUCGACCAAUGCCAGACACCGCUGUCAUGAUUGUCCGCCAACCAACGUUGGAGAACAGGGAGCCGCAGGGUACACUCCGACCUCGGUACAGGGUUCUUUUCAGCCUGAUUGCCCCUCCGCAGAUCCAGGGGACCGGGGGCGGCACAGAGGCGAGCGAAGCUACUUAACAGUUACAGUAAAAACACAGACGCCUGAGCCUAAAAAUCGUAAAAGUAGGUAUGGUGUCACCUUAGGUAUCCAGCUACUGUUUGUUUCCAACGCCGAGACGUUGCGGCAGACUGGGGCGAGAUAUCUGCAUCUGCGGGCGGUUACCGAUCUGGGCCUGCAAGUCCUCCAAAGGCGCAGACGUCCUUUCGUCUGAUUUUGGCGCACCCUCCAUCACAUGAAGCCAUGCGUGCCGGCCACGCGCUGCAACCCCAGAACGCGGUGCAAAUACCGGAAGCGGUCUUUAGCCUGCGAGUUUUCGUUUUUGAACCCGAGUAGCGUGGCUAUGAGGGCUCUGACUUUUUGGAGUCAAGGGUGAGGGGAAGAGAGAUGA